CUCCUCCUCCUCCUCUCCUCCAUGCAGGAUGGUUUGAGGAGAGGAGAUGAGGAGCUGUCUACCUAUGCAGACGAUGUGUUUGACUCUCCGUCUGAGGCCGCCAUUAAAGAGGAGGAGUCUAACACAGCUGCAGGUGAGAGUGACCUCACAGGUGGCGCCCUGGACAAGAACGAACUGGAGAGGAGUCACCUAAUGAUACCCCUAGAAAGAGGCUGGCGUAAGGGUAAAGAACCUGGGCCGUCUCUGGUCCAUCCCAAGGUGCGUCUGCAGCAGGAGGUGGUGAGUGUGAGAGGUCAGCGACGGGGCCAGCGGAUCACAGUGCCUGUCAAGAAGCUCUUCACCAGGGAGAAGAGGCCCUACGGCCUAGGCAUGGUGGGACGGCUCACCAACAGAACCUACCGCAAGCGCAUCGACAGCUUCGUCCAGCAGCAGAUAGAGGACAUGGACGACCACAGGCCUUUCUUCACCUACUGGAUCAUGUUUGUCCACCUGUUGAUCACCAUGUUGACUGUGAGUCUGUACGGCAUUGCCCCUGUUGGCUUCUCCCAGCACGAGACUGUCGACUCGGUAUUGAGAAAUAAAGGUGUUCAUGAAAAUGUCAAGUUUGUGCAACAAGAAAACUUUUGGGUGGGACCAAAUUCGGAGGCGCUGAUCCACCUGGGGGCUAAGUUCUCCCCCUGCAUGCGUCAGGACCAGCAGGUCCAUGACCUGAUCCAGGAGAAGAGAGGAAGAGAGAGGGACUCAGCCUGCUGUGUGAGGAACGACCGCUCCGGCUGUCUCCAGACUUCACAGGAGGAGUGCUCUUCUACUCUAGCAGUGUGGGUGAAGUGGCCUCAUCACCCCAGUGCUCCUCUCCUGAAGGGGAAGGUCCGUCAGCACGGCUCAGUCUGCCACCAGGACCCCAGGAUCUGCCUGGAGCCAGCCUCUGUAUCGCCUCACGAGUGGCCUGAUGACAUCACCAAGUGGCCAGUGUGUACCAGGUACAACCCAGGCAACCACACUAACCUCCCCCACAUAGACUGUGCCAUCGCAGGACGGCCCUGCUGUAUCGGGACCAAAGGGAGGUGUGAGAUCACGUCCAGAGAGUACUGUGACUUUAUGAAGGGCUACUUCCACGAGGAGGCUACUCUCUGCUCCCAGGUGGCCUGUCUGGAUGAUGUGUGUGGCUUGCUGCCUUUCCUCAACCCUGAGAUCCCAGACCAGUUCUACAGACUCUGGCUCUCUCUAUUCCUCCAUGCUGGGAUCCUGCACUGCCUGGUGUCGGUGCUGUUCCAGAUGACCAUCCUGAGGGACUUAGAGAAGCUGGCUGGCUGGCUGAGGAUCUCUAUCAUCUACAUUGUCUCUGGAAUCACUGGAAACCUGGCCAGCGCCAUCUUCCUCCCUAUAGAGCUGAGACUCCCGCUCCCACUCUCCCUUCCUCCCCAGGUGGGUCCAGCAGGCUCUCAGUUUGGUAUUCUGGCCUGUCUGUUUGUUGAGCUGUUCCAGAGCUGGCAGAUCCUGGAGUGUCCUUGGAGGGCUUUCACCAAGCUGCUCUGUGUUGUCCUCUUCCUGUUCUCCUUUGGCCUGCUGCCCUGGAUAGACAACUUCGCCCACAUCUCCGGAUUCAUCUCUGGACUCUUCCUCUCCUUCGCCUUCCUGCCAUACAUCAGUUUUGGCCGUUCGGACAUGUACCGUAAGCGUGUCCAGAUCUGUGUGUUCCUGUUGGUGUUCCUGGGUCUCUUCUCAGGGCUGGCUGUCCUGUUCUACGUCCACCAGGUCAAGUGUGAGUGGUGUGAGUACCUCACCUGUAUCCCCCUCACUGACAAGUUCUGUGACAAGUAUGACCUCAACGCCCACCUCCACUGACCAGGCCUUUGACCGUGCAACUAUUAUGACUAGAUUGGACAUUCUCAAAGAAGUAUAGCCUCAUGCACCAGGAUAGCAGGACACAAGUCUGGUGAACAAGACAAGACUUAAAGCAACGUCACGGCAUGGACCGGACCGGCGGAAAUAUUUGGUGUAACAUUCAGGACAUUGGACGUGAAGAUUGCCAAUCUUGGAAAAAUUAACUGAUAACGGUUGAUCUUAAUAACUGUUGAACUGUUGAUCUGUCUCCAUUCGGUUUUGUUUAUAUGGACAUUGCUAGCGAGUGACCGGUCACUUUCAAAGCAUAAAGACAGAGAGAGGUGGAAGGGGGUAAUAUGUGACUGUUUUGACUGGACACUGAUCUCACUCCCCUCUCUUCCUAUUAAAACUGUGCCAACAACACCACCUUGUGGCCAUCAGACCACACAACAGCCACUGACUCCACACACAGUUGUGGAUGGAUUUUGUUUUGUAUUUUUCUACACAAGUCAUAAAGCCAACUAAGAGUAUUAUUGGAUGACCUCAGACAGGAAGCUAUCUCCCAAGAAAGAAGUAUAUGUUUAGUACUGUAGGAUGACUGCCUCUGGUGCCUUGGUUAUUAAUGUCAAGUCUAGGUCUAAAUCUAGGUCCAAGUCUAGGUCCAAGUCUCAAAUGGCACACUAUUCCCUAUACAGUCAACUUAUUAGUGCACUAAAUUGGGUCUAUUCUCUUUAUAGUGCACUACGAUUUGAAAAAGUAAUGAACUACAUAGGGGGUAAGGAAUAGUGUGCCAUUUGAGAUGUGCUAUAUGUUAGACUAGACAAACCACUUGUAGCUUAACAUGUACUGUAUACUGCUGUCUAAGAGUGGUGAGUGUUUGGAGGGUAGCGUUUUAGCUACCUGCUUAUCUGUACCUGACAAUACAGCAACACAAACUGAA